GUUCAACCCGUCUGCCUUAUCCGACGUGGCGUUUGGACAAAAGAUAGUUUCAUGUGGACCUCUUAAUAAUUACAGAAAACUGUAGAUAAACUUUAGGGACAAAUAUGGCUUUUAUACCUUUAUUGUUAUGUUCGAUGUUACUGGUGCUUCAGUUGGAGAGCUCGUAUGGUUAUUUUAUAACGAUAGAUGCACACGCAGAGGAGUGUUUUCAUGAUCAAGUAACAUCAGGAACGAAGAUGGGGCUUAUAUUUGAAGUAGCUGAGGGUGGCUUUCUGGAUAUCGAUGUUACGAUUACUGGUCCAGACCAAAAGGUUAUUUACACAGGAGAGAGGGAGACCAAUGGAAAGUAUGCAUUUGCUGCAUACAUGGAUGGCACUUAUCAUUACUGUUUUAGCAACAAAAUGUCUUCAAUGACACCAAAAAUAGUAAAGUUUUCCAUGGAUCUGGGAGAGCCACCUAAGGACACCAGUAAAGAAGAAGGUGCAAAUCAUGAUAAGCUUAGUGAAAUGAUUGGACAAUUGUCUGAGGCAAUGACUGGAGUGAAACAUGAACAGGAAUACAUGGAAGUUAGAGAAAGAAUUCACAGAGCAAUCAAUGACAACACAAACAGCCGUGUUGUUUGGUGGUCUUUCUUUGAGUCCCUAGUGCUGGUUGCUAUGACGCUAGGACAAGUUUUCUACCUCAAACGAUUCUUUGAAGUCAGAAGAGUGGUUUAAGUUGUAACAUUGAUUUUUUAGCAAAAUUCAAAAACUGUAUUGUACAGAGAGAUAUGAGGUACAAUUGUGUUCACAAAGUAAAGCAAAUUUACUUUUUUCAAAAACCAGUAACAACUGUUUGUAUAACACAAUUUUCCUUUUCUUUAUUGGCUUUUUGAUACUUUGCCAAUUUAGAAACUUUUUUUUUUUUUUUUGAGUCAAGGACUGUAAUUUCAAACACUGUUCACUGUAGUGCAACAAACUAUACUGAUGAAUGCUCAGUUGUUAUGGAGAGGACAACAAUUCCCAUUACUGGUAUCCCAAAGUGUUCCUUAGAUGAUUAAUUGUGACCCAAAGCUAAGGGGUUUGAAUUUUAACCAUGAUCUGGUUAUUUAAACUGGGAUAAGCUAUCAUUAAGUGAAACUGUCUUCCAAACCAUUUUCAAUUGAGCCAAAAUAAUGUUGAAUGUAACCAUUGAUUUUCUAUGAACUGUGAUAAUUGCUGUGAAGCUUUCACUAGACAUAAACACACAUCAACUUCACUCUUAUAAAAAAAUAUUGGAGUCCAUUUUUUGUCUAAAACUGCCUUUUUAGUUUUUGUGCAGACUAGCGUGGUUUAGGAUGAAGUUCAGGAAAAUUAUAAAUUAUAUUGCCCUUAAAAAAGCCACAAUGUCAAGAGGACUGCUUCCCUUUAAGCUCUUCCUUUCGGUGUGUACAAAUUGUAUCAGAGAGACAUCUUGAGUAGAAACCAGCCUUUGUCUAAGUGAAUCCACAGAUCCUUUCUCAACAUGUUGUAGAAAGCUUUUGUCUCCUUUUUAACUUACAUGUAACUGUUGUUGGAAUUAAAUAAAGGAAAUUGUCAUCCUUAAA